GAGAGAGAGAGAGAGAGAGCAGCCGCACAGGCGGACACAAGCUGUGCAGGUCCCGCGAUGCCAGUCGGUUCUUAAGCCUCCCGGUUCACCCCCGUGAGAAGGAAAGGAGAGGACACAUUCAAAGACCCCCUUUCCCACCUUAACCACAGACUCUCGGUCUGAAACGGGCAGGAGAAACCAAAAGAGACAGCGUUAAAUUGGAGUAAAGCGCGUCCUCCGGUGCAGCUAGCGAUAAGAGGAUUGCUGUAUCCCAAGAACUGCAACGCCGCGUGAAGUGUGUUUAGACGGGAAACAUGUCAUUGUCUGGGAAAGAAAAUAGCUCUACCCCUCAUGCCAAUUACGUGGGACCAUACCGCUUAGAAAAGACCCUCGGGAAAGGACAGACAGGCCUUGUAAAGCUCGGGAUCCACUGUGUCACAUGUCAGAAAGUCGCCAUAAAGAUUGUAAACCGAGAAAAGCUCAGCGAAUCCGUGUUAAUGAAGGUGGAGCGAGAGAUCGCCAUCUUGAAGCUAAUAGAACACCCGCAUGUAUUAAAGUUGCACGACGUCUACGAAAAUAAGAAAUAUUUAUAUUUGGUUUUAGAGCAUGUGUCAGGCGGAGAGCUGUUUGACUAUCUGGUAAAGAAGGGUAGAUUAACACCCAAAGAAGCUCGAAAGUUCUUCAGACAGAUCAUCUCAGCUCUGGACUUCUGCCACAGUCACUCAAUAUGUCACAGGGACCUGAAGCCGGAGAACCUGUUGCUGGACGAGAAGAAUAACAUCAGGAUAGCAGACUUCGGGAUGGCGUCUCUGCAGGUGGGGGACAGUCUGCUGGAGACCAGCUGUGGAUCUCCUCAUUAUGCGUGUCCUGAAGUUAUCCGGGGAGAGAAGUAUGACGGAAGGAAAGCAGACGUGUGGAGCUGUGGGGUCAUCCUCUUCGCUCUGUUGGUGGGCGCUCUGCCGUUUGACGAUGAUAAUUUACGAAACUUAUUAGAAAAAGUGAAGCUGGGGGUGUUUCACAUGCCCCAUUUUAUCCCACCGGACUGCCAGAACCUCUUGCGAGGAAUGAUCGAGGUGGAAGCUGGGAAACGCUUACCGUUAGAGCUGAUCCAGAAACACACGUGGUACAUAGGAGGGAAGAACGAACCCGAGCCGGAGCAGCCGGUCCCGCGCAAGGUGGCGAUCCGCUGUAUCCUUUCUGCCGAAGACAUCGACCCCGACGUCCUGGAGAGCAUGCACUCGCUCGGGUGCUUUCGGGACAAGAGCAAACUGAUGAAGGACCUGCUAUCUGACGAUGAAAAUCAGGAGAAGAUGAUCUAUUUCCUUCUGUUGGACCGUAAGGAGAGAUACCCCAGCCAAGAAGACCAGAACCUUCCUCCUCGCAAUGAUAUCGAUCCACCACGGAAGCGCGUAGACUCACCCAUGCUGAACAGACACGGGAAGCGGAGGCCGGAGAGGAAGUCGAUGGAGGUGUUGAGCGUUACGGAUGGAGGUUCACCUGUACCGGCACGGAGAGCCAUCGACAUGACACAGCACGGACAGAGUAAGAACGUGUUCAGUAAAAGCUUGGAUAUCUCGGAUGCCAAACGCAAACCCCAGAGCAAAGAGGAAAGGUCUCGGUCCAUCAGCGGGGCGUCCUCUGGUCUCUCCACCAGUCCUCUCAGCAGCCCACGGCCCGUCCGAAAGUUCUGUGUCCCGCCUAAGUCCACUGAGCUGCUCUUGUCCCCCAGUUCUAGCAUCACUGACUCCCUAAAACCAAACUCAGAACAAAGCGGGGUGAAAUCCCCAACGUCUAACUCCCUAAAACCAAACUCAGAACAAAGCGGGGCGAAAUCCCCAACGUCUAACUCCCUAAUAUCUGAGUUUCUCUUGCCCUACCCAAAGACCCAAACUCUUCCAGCCAAACCCAAAGACAAACCCUUACAGUCCGUCCGAUCAAACCCUUUACCUGAAACCGAGCCGGAACCCAUUUUGACAGCCAAGUCAGAACCUUCGACUCCGUGUCAGCCUCAAGCUCCCUGUUUUCCGGGGUCCCCACUGGUGCGACGGGUGACCCCUGCGUCCAUCACUCCCCCUACGCUCUCAGUCCCUUUUAGGCCUGUUGUCCCUCUUUCCCCCAUCCGUCUACACCACUUUCACCCUGUGCCCGGCUCUGACCACACCACCAAAUCUAUCCCUACCAUACAGGUGACCCCCCACCCCUCUCCAAGGGGCAGCCCUAUCCCUACCCCCAAAGGAACGCCCGUGCACACGCCUAAGGACAGCCCAGCGGGAACGCCGACCCCUACGCCACCCCCCAGCCCCUCCAUCGGGGGAAUGCCCUGGAAGACUCGCCUCAACUCCAUCAGGAACAGCUUCCUGGGCUCGCCACGCUUUCACCGCAGGAAACUGCAAGUCCCCACUCAAGAGGAAAUGUCCAGCCUCACGCCAGAGUCUUCCCCAGAACUUGCCAAAAAAUCUUGGUUCGGUAACUUCAUCAACCUAGAGAAAGAAGAACAGAUCUUCGUGGUUAUUAAGGACAAGCCACUGAGCUCUAUAAAAGCCGACAUCGUCCACGCUUUUCUCUCGAUACCCAGCCUCAGUCACAGCGUCGUCUCGCAGACGAGUUUUCGGGCCGAGUACAAAUCUACAGCCGGUCCCACCGUCUUCCAAAAGCCUGUUAAGUUCCAGGUUGACAUCACGUACACCGAGAGCACCGUGACCACCAAGGAGAAUGGCAUCUAUUCAGUCACCUUUACUCUGCUCUCAGGUCCAAGUCGGCGCUUUAAGCGGGUGGUAGAGACGAUCCAGGCGCAAUUGUUAAGCACACACGACCAGCCGGGGGUCCAACAGCUGUCUGGCAGCCCAUUGAGUAACUUCUUUGACGUAAUUAAACAACUUUUUUCAGACGAGAAGAAUGGCCAGGUGCCUCUCCCACCUGGCUCGCCCAACAGACACCCAUCUAACGCCCGUCGCCACGACCCUCAGCCUAGUGACUCUAAAUGCCCAGCGGGCAAUCCCAGGGACAAUGCCAAGCUGGUGGCAUCCUUUGGGAUACAGGAGCAGCCCUAACACUUUACCAAUCAAGCUUUUUCAAACGUACCCUACAUAAAAGCACUAAAAUAUGUCUUAGAGGUGAUGGGAUUUAUAUUCGGACAAACUUUUGUAGGAUGGAAUGAUUGUUUCAAAACAAGUUAUGACACAAAUCCAGACACAUUUCCUCUUGUCAUGUCAGUUGAGUUUGCCAGCCCCUUCCAGAACCCCUGUUGUUUCUACCCAAGAUGUUUUCAUGUCUUUUACCUCUGCCUUCCCGUUUUCCUCACCUUUGUGACGACUUGUCUUUGCUGCUAGGCAUUAUCCAGAAAACUUAUUAAAACGCUGCCCCACUUCCCUGCACAUCCUGUGACGGACAUUUAUUGACAGACGGCACUUUUCAUGACGAACAAGCAGGUUACCAAGGAGAUGGACACUUCAUCCUUCGUCACACUCUUCCCUUCCCACUCUCCGGUCUCUCCACGCUUGACGCUGGACUAAAAUACAAAUACAGACAUCGCUUGCCCUACCAUCAUCUCAGCAUCCUAACCUGUUAAAAUGGUCAACCAGCUGGUGGGAACUGGCUGCUCCAACAGACUCUGUUCCAAAACUUAGUUAGCUGCCUCUAAGAUACAGUACCCAGACAUCCCACCUGUCCCAGAAGGUCCAGGAGUCGAUUGAUUGCGAGUCCCUGAUGGAUGCAGUAUUAUAUACAAUAUCCUGGAAAUUGAUCAAGCAAGAGUGAAAGCCUGUUUCAAUGUGGUAUUAGAUGCAUUUUCGGUCGACCAAUCACAAGUGGUCAGCCAAGACGCAUUACAGUAACACCUGGGAUUAUCCCACCCGUCUCACGGCAAUUCGUUCGGGUUUUACGAGGUGGCUAAUUCAUACGAGUUUUACGAGGUAGCUAAUUCGUACGGGUUUUAUGAGGUGGCUAAUUCCGAGGUGGCUAAUUCGUACAGGUUUUACGAGGUGGCUAAUUCGUACAGGUUUUACAAGGUGGCAAAUUCGUUCGGGUUUUAUAAGGUGGCUAAUUCGUACGGGUUUUACAAGGUGGCUAAUUCGUACGGGUUUUACAAGGUGGCAAAUUCAUUCGGGUUUUACGAGGUGGCUAAUUCGUACGGGUUUUACAAGGUGGAAAAUUCGUUCGGGUUUUAUGAGGUGGCUAAUUCCGGGUGGCUAAUUCGUACGGGUUUUACAAGGUGGCAAAUUCGUUCGGGUUUUACGAGGUGGCUAAUUCGUACGGGUUUUACAAGGUGGCUAAUUCGUACGGGUUUUACAAGGUGGCAAAUUCGUUCGGGUUGUAUGAGGUGGCUAAUUCCGAGGUGGCUAAUUCGUACAGGUUUUACGAGGUGGCUAAUUCGUACGGGUUUUACAAGGUGGCUAAUUCGUACGGGUUUUACAAGGUGGCAAAUUCGUUCGGGUUUUACGAGGUGGCUAAUUCGUAGGAGUUUUAAGAGGUAGCUAAUUCGUUGAUAAUUACCUACUUCUGACCCCACACCUAAACCUACCAUCAUUGGACAAAUCAUAUGAAUUAGCCACCUUUAACUCGUACAAAUUCGUACGAAUUGUUCAUGAGAUAGCGUUGGAUUAUCCCACGUUUCAAAUGCGUCUUCUGUGACCACAUUGUGAUUUUGUGAAGACACUCUGCCCUUAUUUUGUCACACUCAACUACAUCACUUUCAAUUUUGGCGCACAGAUAAUGAACAAACCCGUAUUAGGCAGCUUAUGUGAAUGAAUAUAAUAGUAUAAUAUAAUUUUUUUCUAUAUUAUGGUGGGUCUUGCACCAUCUCCUGGAAAUGAGUUUUUGCAGGGUGGGAUGUCUGGAUACCUCACUUUGAUCACAUUAUAAUGCAGUCCCUUACUGCAAUGCAAUAAACUUUGUGCAAAAAAAUCAUUCAACAUGGCAGGCUAAGCACUUUAAUCAGUCUAAUUAAAAUGAGGACUAUCUUACCCAAUAUUUGUUUAUUUAUUUUUAUGCACAUUAGAGAAUGGUGUUGAUAGCAUGUAGCAACAUGCUAAUGUCAAACUCUGUUGAAAUCAAUUGAGCUGGGCAUAUGUGAGCUUAGCAACAUGGCAACUCUACUAAAGUCAGAUCAGUUCGAAGUCUCCCAUGCUGUUUAUAUCACACAGAGUUCACUUAUGGGGUUACGAUUCAGGAAACCAUCAAAAGCCUGGUGCACACACUUUUGACCAUGAUUUUGCCAUCUAGGACAAAUUUUCAGGAGUUAUUUCAUCAUAAAAAUUUGGAAAACCAUCCGAAAAGAAAGAAUCAUAUGUGUAUCUUGCUUUAGAAGGCAGUAGACAGCAAGGCAGCUCGCUAGGUUUGGAACAAAAUCACACUCAAAAUACUAGACAUGAACACACUUUCACACAGCUCUAGAAUGUUUGCACUCAGAUUCACAAGAAAAAAAAACGAAACACGUCCAGAAGGAAAAGAUGACUUUGAGAGCUUGUCCUGGGGAUGUGGAUUUUUUUCAAAUUGUAUCGUUUCAGUUUGUGAUCUUUUAUUUAUUUAUGACUUUAUGUUUGAAGAACAUCACUUGAUCUUAAAUCAUUGCUGCAAAAGGACUGAAACAUGGUUUAAGUGAGUUUGGGACUCGGGAUGGGAUGGGGUGGGGUGGGGGGAUAGUACUGAAUGAAUUUAUCCUAAUGAAUGAAUCUCUGUUGUACAGAUUGAACAUAAUUAUGUACAAAUAAAAUGUCUAGAUGUGACACUAGCUUUAGUUCUGUUGUAGAUUCAGAUUUGAAAUCUUGUGUUGCUAGUCUUUAUUGAAUUAUUAUUUAACCCUUGUAUUUCUGUAUUUAUUACCUGAUGGAACAAUUUGUUUCACUUAAUCGAUUUGGUUAGACACUGAAAUACAGUGUUUAAUCAUUUUUUAUUUUUUCUCUUUUUUUUCUGAUAAUGUCUCAUGUUCGCUACCAGCAGAUACUAAAAAAAAUGUUGAAUACAUUGUGAAUAUUUUUGUAUUUUUUUCCUUCUGUUUAUUUCUGUCCUUAUUUAUUAUCAUCCAUUUAUAUACAUGAAAACUUGAAUGUUAUUUAUUUAUUUAUGACAAUAAUGUGUUUGUUUGUAUCAGGGCAACACAAUUUUGUUUGUUUAAAGAAACUUUCUAAUGUCUUGAUUUGUAAAAGUACCGUGGACUUUACGAAUCUUUCUUUCCUAGCUUUAAAAGAGAACAAAAUAGUAUGUAAAAACAAACAAACCACAAAAAAAGCUCAUUUAACAAUAAUUUAAGAAUGUAGUUUAGCCUCUAUGGGGAGGAAAUGACCUUCUCGAUAUCAAUGUCAGCUUCAUAUCAUUGUGUGUGUACAAUGGAUGACAAAAAAGCUGUUCUUGGAUCAGUUCUACUGUAAAUAUGAUGUUGUGGCCUACGGGAAAGUUGAUGGCCGUUCCUGCUCUUUGCUUUUGACUUGUAUUGCUGUGUGCAUGCACGCAUUUUCUUUGCAUGGCUUUAAUGUAACUAUUCUUAAAAGUCGCACUAUUUUCUCAGAUCUGCAAUCUUUAAAUGGAAAAAAAAAACUGCCAUCACUUUUAACCUCUGUUAGUCUCUCUGCGAUUUUUUUUUCUUUCUGUUUCCCUGUCACGUUUUCUACUAUACCCUGUAAGCGAGCGACACAACACAACUUUUGCUCGCUAGCAGUGUCUAUGUGGUAUCUGUUUCUAAAAUGCUUCCUUUUGUCUGUAUGUACAUCGACCAGGAAAGAUUUGGAUGUUCACGGCCCCCUUUUUACAGACAGCUGGUUUAAAUGAAACAAAAAUAAAGCAAUACCUGUUGUGAACUUUCCUAUUUUAUACAGUUGAAGCAAAACUUUAAUGACAAAAUAAAAUAAAAUUGUCCGUGCAGAGCAGGAACAUGCGUUUAAAGUUGUAAAAAAUCCCCUUGUAUCAUAACUGUGAGCAAUUUCAGAGAGAAAAAUUAAACAAUAAACUGAUUCACUUAAUAG